AUGAAGACAGCUGAAUUCCUCAUAGAAAAGCUUCAAUAUGAUAGUAGUCUUGUGAUGAACAAUAACCUUGGUGAAUUCUACCUCUGUAUUCCUAAAUCGCAUGAGAUGCAAGCCGAAAUAAGAACUUUUAUGACUGGAUAUGAUCCAAGUAAACUAACAGUAGAAUGGAUAUUUCUCGAGGCUAUCGCUUAUUCUAUACACAUGACAAACUCCUAG